AUGCGAUCUCUUAUUUUGAUGUACUAUUUCAAUUUGAUUUCUCAUAAUUGCAAUGUCCAUAAAGCAUAAUAAUUGUCUAAAGUUUAUUUUCAUGUAUAUUAUAUAUUUUCCAAUCCUCGGAAUUUCCCGCAACAUCUUGACUGUACUAGACGGAUACAUUCUUUUUCUUACCAAAUAAAACGUGUAUAUAUAUUUCCUUGCCCAAAUAAAAUGUCUAUAUAUAUUUCCAUGUAUUGUUUUGUUUCUGCAGUGAUCACAGAGAAAGCAAUCUAAGCAUGGAAGUGAAGGAAGUGCUGCAUAUGAGCAAGGGAGAAGGCGAAGAUAGCUAUUUCAAGAACUCUAUAUAUGCGCAAAAGCUAGCAGCUCUUACCAUGCCGAUGCUUAUCCCUAGGACAGUCGAUUCCUUAUUCGCAGAAGGUCUGAUCCCUUGCAAGCUGCUGAAUGUGGCGGACCUCGGGUGUUCCACAGGUCCAAACACGUUCACCUUUAUGUCAUCUCUUAUCAGGAGUUUGGAGCAUAAAUGCAGAGAACUGAAGUUGGACGUACCUGAAAUCCAGUUUUACUUGAACGAUCUUCCGGGGAACGAUUUCAACACACUAUUCAGGAGACUGUCCGAGUUUCGCAAGGAGUACGCAGAUUUGUCGUGCUUUUUUAUGGGAGCUCCUGGCUCGUUUCAUGAGAGGCUAUUCCCUGAGAAAUGCUUGCAUCUCGCUUAUUCACUAUACAGCGUUCAUUGGUUAUCUCGGGUGCCGAGGCUAACAAGCGAUGAAGGGCAGGCGCUGAACAAAGGUAAAAUUUACAUAUCUAAGACGAGCCCUCGAGGGGUGAAGGAGGCCUACUUGGCUCAGUUUCAGGAAGAUGUGAGAAGAUUUUUGAGAUGCCGGGCCGAAGAGUUGAGGAUCGGUGGUCGUCUCAUGUUGAUUAUCGACGGGAGGCCAUGGGGUGGGGACCCAGCGGCCAGAGAGAGCUGCUAUACGUGGGAGUUACUCGCCGAGGCUAUAGUUAGCUUGGUCUCUGAGGGCCUAGUGGAAGAGGAGAAGCUGGAUACCCUGAACGUGCCCUACUACAUAGCUGCACCAGAGGAAGUCCAACUCAUAGUCGAGCAAGAAGGGUCCUUCGCAUUGGAGCAUCUAGAGACAAUCACAGUAGAGAGGGGCAGCCCGUUGGUCGAAGACGAAGAGAAAGAAGAUCCAUGGACCAGAGGAAGGAAGCUCGCCAAGAACAUCCGCAUAUUCACAGACUCCAUUAUUCAGCACCAUUUCGGGUUUGGCGAGGAGAUCAUGAACAAGCUCUAUGACGAGAAGCUCGCUCUUCUGAUCGGGAAAGACAUGAGUAAGGGGCCCUCUAAGGGCACAAGCAUUGUUCUUGAACUGAGGAAAAACUAAUGAUAUGAAACCCAUGUAAACGUCCAAAAUAAUCGUACUAUUGGAAAAAUAAUCGGUACUAUUGGAACAAUACGUGCAUUUCUCGCCAACUAUGGCAUAGCUUCCGUUGUAUUGAUAUUUAAGCAUUUCCUGCACAUUGCAUAGUUGCUUCUAUCUAUGUCGAUAUUCAGCCACGGGGUCAAUAUCCUGGAGAUUGGCCUUAUAUGUAGAGGCAUUCAUCUGCUUUGAAGGCUGGCUUUAUGGACUGGUUAAUUGGGAAAAUGACAGUAAUAGUUCUAAAAAUUUGCUAUUUUUUGAUAUUGAGUUCUAAAAGUUUCACUUCGGAUAAUCAAGUCCUAAAAAGUUUGAAAAACUGUCAGCAUUGGUCCUAAAUGUGACUGACCGUUACCGUGACACCACGUGGACCUAACGGCAUUAAAUUUGUCCACGUGGCCGUUAAUAAGAUAAUGCGGCACGUUGCUAUUGGACCAGAUAUGAAAUCUGUCGGAUUUCAACUCGACUCGACCCAAACAGGGCCGGCAAUACCCGACCCACCAAUAAAAUCGGAUUACACCCGGACUUGUCUGUCUUCUUCCUCUUCUUCUUCUGCUGCUUCUCCUCCUCUUCUGUUCGACUUGUCUGUCUUCUUCCUCUUCUUCUUCGACUUCCAAAACGUUUUGGAAUUGUUUCGCGACAGCGGGAUUCUUCUCCGAAAUUCGCUUCCCCGAAGUCGGCGGCUACAAUAACAAGCCGACCCGCCACAUAUUCUCUCUCAGGGAGAGCGAUUUCUCCGGCGUGGACGAGAAGGGCUUUAUCAAUCUGAAGUUCAUCUCAUCCUUGGAAGCCAAAGCAAGCGAACCGCUUUCCACCGGUGUGAACAUGGGGCUGCUCGCCAGAAACAUCAAAUUCCCAGAAAUAGAAUUGAAAGAUGUCUCAUCUACUUCUUCUUAUAUUCUGACCAAAUCUUGUUUCUUGUCUUUUGCUAGGAAAUUGUAUAGAUUAUUAUUAGCAAAAAAAUUGGCUCAGAAUGUGUUCUUUUUCUCAUUACUGAGAUUUUGAUUAGUUGAAUGCAAAACUAACUAAUAGCAUUCUCUCUAACAAAUCCAGUAAGUCAAUGAUCUAGCUGGGAUGUUUGUGGUUGUGGAUCGUCUUCACAGGCAUUGAAGUUCUCUGCAUUACUUGUUAACUGAAAAAAUUUGUGGAUUGUCUUAACAAAGUAAUGUUGGCCAAUUAACUU